UAUUCGUCAGGACUGGGCGGAGGCGCGAUCGAACAGGUGGAAAGGACCUUGAAUCAACUCGACGGCUAUCGCGACGACAUAAUCGAGGUGCUGAAGAACGCGGCGAGUCGUCGGGAUCACGCUGGCACCCCGUCCGGCCUGGACGACGACCCGAUACGCAAAUCACUGGCCGACUGCGGCUACGACAUGUAUCGGAAGGACAUCGACGGCCAGGACAACGGCAUGCAUAACGGACAGGAAGACGACGAGGACGAAGUGGAAUUGCAACCGCCAUGCGGCACCAUUCGCAUACGCAAUCUCGAGGAUAUCAUUCGCCAACUGGAACAUCGGGCAGCGUCGAGACCCUUCAUAACCGGUCAAAUGAGUCCGAGCGGAUCCGAAGAGAUAAGGAUGACCGACGGUGAUCCCGAUCGUCACUACAGAAUCGAUUCUUCUGUCUGUAGCGAGUCAUCUCAAGGAAGCAGAAGAUGUAGUCGCGGCCGCGACGAGGACGCUAGUAGAUUCGUCUACGGUAGAUAUCGUCAGCCGACGUCCCGAAGUCCUUACGGCAAUCAUCAACACACCCAUCAACACUCCCAUCAAAUGCAUCCCGAGGACGAGGGUAUCUAUGAAACUGCCGAUCCUGACAGAGGCUCAAAUACUAGGGGUGAAACACCCGAUUGUGAAAGUGAUGCAUUUAUUCAAGCUCAACAACAAGUAGCCCGGUGGACUAAUGAGGAUGGAGGAGGAGGGGUACAGCACCGGCCGCCGCAACAGCCACCCCCGCCAUCAGCGAUGCAGUUGCCGAUGCCGCAACAGACUACGCAGCAGCAACAGCAGCAGCAGCAGCAACAGCAGCAACAGCAACAGCAACAGCCGGUGGAACAACUGCCAAUAAAGCAACGCGGCUAUUAUCCACCUCCCCCACAAAUUGAAAACAACCUCGACACUAGUAACAAUGCCGAGGUAGAAUCUGCUCAAUCCCAUCAACAACAAAAAACGCUAAGCGACGUUCGUGGAAUCGAUGUUAAUAAUCAUUUGCCUAAUAUUAACAAAUGCCCACUAGACGAUGAUUUUAGUCUAGAAUGUAACAUAAUGAAUAAUGGUUCCCCAAAAGAAAUAAUUACCAACAACACUAGUGAUAACGAAAAUACUGCCCUACUGCCCCCCACGCAUUUUCCUGAGUACAAGCAUUGAUAAUUACUUAAUCGAUGACAGAUAGUGUCUGAGAAAAAAUGGAUAACCGGAAAAAAAACAAUAUUAACAAAACAAUAUAGUGGUGUGACAAUGGUAAUGACAAUGAUGACGAUGAUUUAAUCUCGAACUCGCAUUUUAUACUGAAUAGUGUAAAUAACGAU